AUGGAGAUGGAGAUGGAGAUUGCGAGAUGGAAAAAAACCCGUCCAGGAGGAGCACUCACGUAUCCCAAGAAAGAAGGAAAGAUGGAUGGAGAGAAGGAGGAGAUUGGGAUUCGACGAAAGGUCACAGAUGAUUCAACAGGAGAGCUCAGCGUUGAGAGAAAACUGCGCGGGGCCAAGUACUCGCAGAUACGGUGUAGAGCUCCUCCUGCGGUAAUUUUGGGUUUUGAGGGUGAACUGUGA